UCUGUUUUAAUUUUUUUCUUUCAUCUUCCUUCCUCACACCACUUGACAACAUCCUGCAACUAGAAACUUAAAGGAAAACCUUUCUCAUUUUUCUUCCCUGUGAGUAAGGUAUAUCUCUUCCUCAUGUUGAUCUCCAGUAAGCAGUUGCCAAUCGGCCGCUCCCAGAGCUGGGACACGCUGGGUGUGAAUGAGGGUCAUUGGGAGCGCAGUGACAGUGUUUACGAGCAGCAGGCCCGGAUGGCUGGUCGACGCAACUCGCUGAGCUACGGAGCGGAUGCGGGAGGGGGAUGGUAUGAGCCACCGCCUGGACUGCGUCCCCCUGACCUGGAUUUGAAACAGGAGCAAGACUCCUACCAGGAAUCUCUUUACAAUCAGGGAUAUUUGGAUCGUCCGGACCCCCGUAACAUAAGAAAGAGCUCCGUUCCUGAGCUGAACAGCCAUUACGACCGGCCACCCAUGGCUCACCGUGGUUCCCUGCCACCCCACGACUACUAUCAGCAAGAAUCAGGCAUGCCACCACGGCCAUCCGAGGGUUUUUAUCGUGGAGAGCAACCUCAUUCUGUUAAUAGGUCAUCUUCACAUUAUGGAAUGAUGGCUGGUCCUCGGCAAUUCUGGGAACAGAGCUCAGGAGGUCGGCCUGGUUCUGCUGCCCCAACACCUGGCAUACCUCCUCCCCCACCUCCAACUGCUCAUGACAUGGGUCGUAUUUACAGAGAACCAUCCCUGCCUGGACCCCCACAUGCUACUCCUGGCACCAAAAUGAUGCAGGAUGGGCAGGGCAUUCCAAGCCGUGCACCAUCUCCAGCUCAUUAUAUAAUGGAGCCAAAUUCUCCCCGUUAUGGUGCUGAGCCACCUGCCUCUCUAAACAGCCAUUCAGUCUACAGUAAUGUUAACGGAAGGCCGAUUGAUCCUCAUCAGCCAACCGCCACCUGCCUGGUAGUUGAACCAGUUGCUCAAGGAAUGGAUGGAACUGCCCGAGGUAUGGUCAUGCAUCCAGAAAACCCCUCACCAUUCACCAUACAACAGCAACAGCAAGCCCAACAGCAGGCACAACAACAAAUGCAACAGCAAAUGCAGCAGGUUCAGCCAGUGCAACAAGUGCAGCAAGUUCAGCCAGUGCAACAAAUGCAGCAAGUUCAGCAAAUGCAGCCCAUUCAGCCAGUGCAGCAAGUUCAGCAGGUACCACAGUUUCAGCCAGUGCAGCAAGUUCCACAUGUGCAACCCGUGGCACCCCCAAAUCCUGUCUAUACUCCAGCUCCCCCUAUGGCUGCUGCCCCAGUAAACACUCCAAGUGUGGCCACUAUUCCUGCUCCGUUACCUCAAAUUCCUGCUCAGCCUUUUACUCCUCCCACUGUUCCUCAGAUCCCAGUGGCUCCUGUAGACCCUAAAAAAAAUGCGGACCCUGAGUUUCUGGCAUUGCUGCAAAAAGAGGGCCUCUCAGAAAGCACCAUCACCUCUCUACUGCAGCAGGGCUUUGACUCCACUCCAAUGCUGGCUGUUAUGGAGGAAAAUGAUGUGCGUUCAGUGGCUCCAAACUUGGGACAAGCUCGGGUUCUGUCGCGUGUUGUGCUUGGUUGCAAGCGACCACCUGAAAUCCUUCCUGCUACCCCCCUGCAUCCCAAUGCUCCGGUCCGCGGCAGAUCCAACAGCUUUAGCCAUCGCAGUGACAUUUACGUGCAUCAGCCGCCACCCUUUGCUCCGGGCAUGGAGUCCCAGUAUAUGCAGCCACCCUCUACCCCCAUGCAGACUAUAUCUCCAAGGAUGGGUGAAGGUUAUAGACCCAGCAGUGCUCCCUCCCAGCAUCUUCUUGAGACUAGUGGGUAUCCUGGAGCCAGGUCUGCAGGAGCAUACAGUGGUGUUGUGGUUCCAGUCCAGCCUCGUGCUUUAUCAGGCUACGAUCCUCAUGCUGGCUUGCCCAUGCCACCUAUGACUGCAAUGUCCCAACAGGUAGCUAUUCCAUCACAUCUACCAGGAAUGCCACCACAAAUGGCAGCUUUGCCAGCCCCAAUCCAUGCAAUGCCACAGCCAUUGCCAGCAGUUCCCCAACCAAUGACUGUGCCUGCUUUGGCGCCGCAGCAGGCUCCGAAGGCAUACACCACCAACUAUACUGUACCAAUGGAGUUGAUGAAGAGGGAUCGGAGCUUGGCUAAAAUGUCACCCAUGCCUAGUCCCCUUGUAAGCCCACUAGUAAUGCGCAAGGCUGGAGUGUCCUCAGACAGAGCCCUAGUACCCGUUGGUGGUGCCUUCCCAGGCCAAAAUGUGAAUCUGUCUAAUCAGAAGCUCAGCCGGCGUACUGGACCUCCGGUCAUUGUCUCCACUAUGGCAUCGCCAGACACAAGUAUAAGGCCACAAAUCAUGAACGGUCCGAUGCAUCCUCGGCCGCUGGUCGCUCUGCUGGACGGGAGGGACUGUACCGUAGAGAUGCCCAUCCUGAAGGAUUUAGCCACUGUGGCGUUCUGUGACGCUCAGUCAACACAGGAAAUACAUGAGAAGGUGUUGAACGAGGCGGUGGGGGCGAUGAUGUACCACACCAUCACUCUGACCAGAGAAGAUCUGGAGAAAUUUAAAGCCCUCCGAAUCAUAAUCCGCAUCGGUAGUGGAUAUGACAAUAUCGACAUUAAAGCAGCUGGAGAGAUGGGCCGAUCGGGACAGGCUGUGGCUGUUCGAGCAAAAGCGUUUGGCUUCAGUGUGAUCUUUUAUGACCCGUACCUGCAAGACGGUUUAGAGCGAUCGCUGGGCGUCCAGAGAGUUUACACCUUACAGGACCUCCUGUACCAGAGCGACUGUGUGUCUCUCCACUGCAACCUAAACGAACACAAUCACCACCUCAUCAACGACUUCACCAUCAAGCAGGUACAUUACACACAAACGGCCCAAUAA